AUGGAUCCACAAAAAAAUGAAUCUUGUGAUUUAUCUGAAGUUGUUUUAAACGAAAAUGUCAAUAUUAAUCUACAAGAUUGUAAAUCACAAAAACGACCAAAACGAGUAUUACAUUUUUCGGAUGGUGAUUUAGAAGAAUAUUCUGAAGAUGAAACUGAUAAACCACAAGUAAAUGAAAUAGUAAAUCAAAUAGAUCCAAAAACUCUAACUUGGUUUCCCUGGGCUUGGUAUCAAACUACUGUACUUGGUAGCAAAGUACUGGAUGGAUGUGACUAUGUAGGUGAAUGGUUAGCUAACCUUUUUGGUAUUACAGCACCCAAGUAUCAAUUUGAAAUUGAUGAAUUCUAUAGACUUCAAAAUCUUGAAAAUGAGAUAUCACAUAAACAGGACUUAGAAAUGGGUGGGUGGAAUGAACACAACAAAAAUAAUCUUGUGGAUAAUAUACAUUGA